CAAAAAUCAACCAACCAAACAACCCCAACAGCCAAGCACACAUCUCUGAUUUUUUUUUAAAAAAAAAAUUGGUCUUUUCGUUGGAUUUUCCCUUUUUUUCUUCUUCCCUCCACCCCCGAGUUAUCUCAAUUUUAAGGGGUUUACUUUUUUUUAAUCUGCUUUGCAGCCUGCCUUGGUCUUCUAGCGCGAGUUCAUCGACUCAAAAAAAAAAUCUCUGGUUGGCUUUUUUUUUUUUUUUUUAAAUAUUUUCAAGGGGGAGGAGAUUUUUCCACCAGAAAAGGUUGUUUUCAUGUUUGGGAUUCAGGAAAGCAUCCAGCGGAGUGGGAGCAGCAUGAAGGAAGAGCCGCUGGGCAGCGGCAUGAACGCGGUGCGGACGUGGAUGCAGGGCGCCGGGGUGCUGGACGCCAACACAGCCGCGCAGAGCGGGGUGGGUCUGGCCCGGGCUCACUUCGAGAAGCAGCCCCCUUCCAAUCUGCGCAAAUCCAACUUCUUCCACUUCGUCCUGGCCCUGUACGACCGGCAGGGCCAGCCCGUGGAGAUCGAGAGGACGGCCUUCGUGGGGUUCGUGGAGAAGGAAAAAGAAGCCAACAGCGAAAAGACCAAUAAUGGAAUCCACUACCGGCUCCAGCUGCUCUACAGCAAUGGGAUCCGGACAGAGCAGGAUUUCUACGUGCGCCUCAUCGACUCCAUGACCAAACAAGCCAUAGUAUAUGAAGGCCAAGACAAGAACCCUGAAAUGUGCAGAGUUUUACUCACACACGAGAUUAUGUGCAGCCGCUGUUGUGACAAGAAAAGCUGUGGCAACCGAAAUGAGACUCCCUCAGAUCCAGUGAUAAUUGACAGGUUCUUCUUGAAGUUUUUCCUCAAAUGUAACCAGAAUUGCCUAAAGAAUGCGGGAAACCCACGUGACAUGAGGAGAUUUCAGGUCGUGGUAUCUACAACAGUCAACGUGGAUGGCCAUGUGCUGGCCGUCUCUGACAACAUGUUUGUCCACAAUAACUCCAAGCAUGGGCGGAGGGCUCGGAGGCUCGAUCCCUCUGAAGGUACGCCCUCUUAUCUGGAACAUGCAGCUACUCCCUGUAUCAAAGCCAUCAGCCCCAGUGAAGGGUGGACGACGGGAGGCGCGACUGUGAUCAUCAUAGGGGACAAUUUCUUUGAUGGGUUACAGGUCAUCUUCGGCACCAUGCUGGUGUGGAGUGAGCUGAUCACGCCUCACGCCAUCCGCGUGCAGACGCCUCCGCGGCACAUCCCCGGGGUCGUGGAAGUCACACUGUCCUACAAGUCCAAGCAGUUCUGCAAAGGGACACCGGGCAGAUUCAUCUACACAGCACUCAAUGAACCCACCAUCGAUUAUGGUUUCCAGAGGUUACAGAAGGUCAUUCCCCGGCACCCUGGAGACCCUGAGCGUUUGCCAAAGGAAGUGAUCCUCAAAAGGGCUGCCGAUCUGGUGGAAGCGCUGUACGGGAUGCCGCACAACAACCAGGAAAUCAUUCUGAAGAGGGCGGCCGACAUCGCAGAGGCCCUGUACAGCGUUCCUCGGAAUCACAACCAACUCCCAGCCCUCGCCAACACCUCGGUCCACGCAGGGAUGAUGGGUGUGAACUCCUUCAGUGGACAGCUGGCCGUGAACGUGUCGGAGGCCUCCCAAGCCACUAAUCAGGGUUUCACCCGUAACUCAAGCAGCGUGUCGCCACACGGGUACGUGCCGAGUACCACCCCUCAGCAGACCAACUAUAACUCUGUCACCACAAGCAUGAACGGAUACGGCUCUGCUGCCAUGUCCAAUCUGGGGGGCUCCCCAACCUUCCUCAACGGCUCAGCUGCCAACUCACCCUAUGCCAUUGUGCCAUCCAGCCCCACCAUGGCCUCCUCCACAAGCCUCCCUUCCAACUGCAGCAGCUCCUCGGGCAUCUUCUCCUUCUCACCAGCCAACAUGGUCUCCGCCGUGAAACAGAAGAGUGCUUUUGCGCCUGUCGUCAGACCCCAGACCUCCCCGCCUCCCACCUGCACCAGCACCAAUGGGAACAGCCUGCAAGCGAUAUCUGGAAUGAUCGUUCCCCCGAUGUGAAAGAAUUGCCUUGAAGAAUUUUAUUAAUGAAGAGGUUGGAUUUGGAGACAGCGAGGAGAAUAAUCUGAUCCAAGUCCCAGAGCGGAACUUUUAACUCAGGCCUUUUUAAGAGGAGUCACAAUAACUGCAGAUUUUUAAACGAACAAAAAUCACCGACCUUGCAAAUACUGAAAUUGGCAAGGGUGUGCAAGGGCAGGGUGUUGGUUAGAGUUGUCCCUCCCAAGUAUUUGGGAGUGAUAUAUUUAUUCUGUAUUGAUAAAAGCAACUCCACUUUUUUUUCCUUCUCUCUCUUUUUCAAAAGCCUAACUCUGCAUCAUUUGUCUUUUAUAAACCAUAAAGCUAUAAACAAGGGACACUAUAAAUAAGACUCCAUGUUUUAAUUUAUGAUGUUUUUAAAGCUGUGUAAAGGGAGAAUGAGGUGGUGAUAUUUACAAAAAAGUAAAAAAGAAAAAAAAAGAAAAAAGGAAAAGAAAGAAAGGAAGGAAGGAAGGAAGGAAGGAAGGAAGGAAGGAAGAAAAAAAAGCUUGUAUGGGACAGAAUAGGAAUGCCAGUUAGAUUUUUUUAGAGAACUAAGGGUGGGCUUUUGCGCCUUAAAGCAUAUCAGUGGUAAUUAGUUCAGACCGCAUUUCCACCCGCCCUCCCUUAGCAGAGCAAGCUUGUUCCUCUCUUUUGUAACGUUGUCUUAAGUAGCUGUAAAUAAAUGCAGCCUGGAAAGUUCAAAGGUGAUGUUAAGUGAUCACAUCUUUUCCCUUCUACUCAAAAAAUAAAAAUAAAAAAAUUAAAAAUCCAGUGCCUCUAGACAGAUUGCUAAAACUGCAUAUUUAAACUCAGUACAUCCUCUCUUUUCCUUAUGUCAACUUCUUCUGAAGCCAGUAGCCUCUUGAGAGCUUGGUAGCACCCUGCUGCAGACCAGUCACCUUGGAGAUUUCACAGGACAUGGUCCAGGCACAAAACUCCACUGUUGUUCUCCAGUGAUCAAGCCAAAAUCCCACCUACAUGCCUCCAUUUUCAAGAUUAAAGUUUACUCACCCUACCUAGAAUCCCACAUACUGAACUUCACACUCAUACUCAAACAGAUAAAGUAAAAUCAACCCACAAGGCUCCAGCUCACCACAGGGUCUCCAGCAGUAGGAUCUUACCCUUUCUAACACCCAGAUGCGGUCACCAGUGGAAAGCUGUGGAAUUAACCAGAGGGAAGGAAAAGAAGGAUGGGACCCCUCAUACAUUGUUUUCUGUUCUGUGGGAAGCUUUGCUCAUCUAGGAAGUGUUCUUAAAGAAUGAACGGUAAAGAUGCAGCGAGGCUCUGAGGAUGCAUUGCCUGAGAUUUUUCCCCCUUUGCUUUUUCCUUUUGUGUUUUUGUAUGUAGUUAUAAAUACUGUAGAUUUUUUUGUGAUUUUUUUUUGCCAAAGUUGUUCUAUUUAUACAUUUUAAUGUCUUAACAUGGUUUUUCAAUCUCACAAAAAAAAAGAUUUUACUGCAAAGGAAAAAAAACAAAGCUCACUACCUUUAGCUUGCACUUACUUGCGAAGUUAAUUAAAAGGCUUUUUGUUUUAAUGGGGAUUUUUGUAAAAUAUCCAUAUAAAUAAUGUAUUUAUCUUUGGAAUUUGUAAAUUGCUUUUCCCCUUUCUCCUCUUCUUCCCACCCUCCAGUUUAUUUUAUUGUGUAUGUUUGCUAUGUGAAAAGUGUGUAUUUGUUUGCUCAUCUACAGUUGUAUUAGCUGUUUCAAUGUGAUUUUUAAACAUUUCAUUUCUAGUUAUUUUUAGUAUUGUUUUAAACCAUGCUUCAGUUUUUUUAUUUCCACCCAAAAGCCAUUGUCUAUUUUUGUAUUAUUUGUAAGUUAAGAAGUUUUUUCCAAUAUAUGGCAAAAAAAAUAGUAGCAUAUUAUUCUUGUAGUAUUUAGUUCUGUAGACUAAAAAAAAUGUAUCCUUUGCUUUGGAAACUUACAAAAAAUUAAUGCUGUUUUACUCUAUUAAUAUGCAUGGAAUCUCUCCCCUUGGAGUGACACAUUUUGUGCAUUAAAUUUCGGGGUGGGGGGAGCAAGUUCAUAGAAAUCAGUGAACAUACUUUCUUUCUUAAGUCUGCUUGUAUAUUUCCUCUGUCUCUCACAUAAAUAUAAACCAGCAGAUUGGAUGCCUUAACAAUGCAAAUCAUAUUCAUUUCACUUGUACAUUGUAACCGUGCACCAAGAAACCCGUCAUCAGUCAUCACUAAACAUUCUAAGAGAAGAGAAAAAGAAAAAAAAAAGAAAAAAAUAACAAA